GAGAGAGGCUCAUGGUCACCCCCGAGUAACAAUAGUAUGCAAGUGAUGUCCUCGAAUGGCGGAGUCGCAAGGGACACUAUCACAGUCGUGCGAGCCAGGGAGCACCAUGAAUACUGGAAAAGGGCCGGUCAAGAUCCUGUACUGAAGGGUACACUUCGAUGGGACCGCUUUCCACCCCGUCUCUCCGAUAUUGCUUUCUUCGCAAGCGCCGCAUCCACCACCUUUAAACACUACAAUCUCUACCUUCGGCAAUGCUAUUGGUAUGCCAGGAUCACCCUAGCGGCAAUGGCAAAAGCAUUCCCGUCUUGCUCCCGGGAAGGGACUACGUCGUUUUCAGGAGGAUGGCUCUCAAUGUUCGGGAGCUACAAGCCAUCACAAGUCCAACUUCUCGUAGAUCUUCACACUAAUUACUGUCGUGAUUUACACCCACCUGCUGGCCACCUAACUCCUAUGAUCCCUACCAUGGGGGCCGGACGACAUGCUUCUGCCUCCGUCACACCAGACAUUCUCCAUGGCCUCGCCAUGUUUAUAGCCAACGUCCAGAGGCCUCUGCCCCAUUCAGCGUUGCCCCAACUAGCGGUUGUCAUUGUAAACCGACGCCAUGACCAGUUCGCCGGAGGAAUACUCGGAUCCAGCAUAGACAAAGCUAGACGAUGCUAGCGGAUGAGCUUUGAUCAUCUGUUGUAGAUAUGUGAUUCGGAUUUCGUGUACGCAAUUUACCUAUACCAUCACUGUGUCAUGCUAGCAUGGUACCGUGAUAGUUUUUCAUUCCUAUGGCCCUUACUAUCUCUAUUUUUCUGUACAUGAUUGUGUAGGUACCCAAACAGCUCGGAUAGCACGCGACUAGUCCAUCCUAGCGUCAUGAU